CCUGUGAUUAUAUUCAGAUCCAUUGACACUAUUUGGAUACACAGUAUUUGGGUUUCCAGCCAACUGACUGCUGCCGUGUAUUGGAGGGGGUUCGGUUGAACCGGUUUACUUUUUAAAUACUGGCGACUCUGUACAGUGUAGAGAGCCAUGUCUCCAUCAGUACCCCUGCAGGAGAUGAUCCGGGCCAUCAGGUCAGCGAGGACACAGUGUGAGGAGCGAGGUGUCAUCCAGAGGGAGUGUGCAGCCAUCCGGGCACAGUUCAGACAAGCGGACAAUGGGGGGCGAUCGCACAACCUGGCCAAGCUGCUCUACGUGCACAUGUUGGGCUACCCCGCUCACUUUGGUCAGAUGGAGUGUGUUCGGAUGAUAGCCAGCCCGCGCUACAGCGAGAAGCGUGUGGGAUAUCUUGGAGCCAUGAUGCUGCUGGAUGAGAAGCAGGAUGCCAGCUUGCUCAUCACCAACUCCAUCAAGAAUGACCUUUCCCACAGUAACCAGUAUGUGCAGUCUCUGGCUCUCUGCACACUGGCCUGUAUGGGUUCAGCUGAGAUGUGCAGAGAUCUGGCACCAGAGAUCGACAGGCUGCUCCGAGCCUCCAACUCCUACAUAAAGAAGAAGGCUGCUCUAUGUGCUGUUCACAUUGUGAGAAAAGUACAUGAUCUCGGGGAGCUUUUUGCGCCUGCCGCUCGUUCCCUCCUCGCUGAGAAGAACCACGGUGUGCUGCAUGGUGCCGUGGUGCUUAUCAUUGAACUGUGUGAGCGAAAUCCAGAAACACUGGAGCGGUUCAGAAAGACAGUGCCAGAUCUGGUUCAGAUCAUGAAAGGUCUGGUCCUUUCGGGGUAUUCUCCAGAGCACGACGUGGCAGGAAUCAGUGAUCCCUUUCUACAGGUACGCAUCUUGAGGCUGCUGAGGAUCCUCGGUCACAACAACGAAGGAGCCAGUGACGCUAUGAACGACCUAUUAGCUCAGGUAGCGACCAACACUGACAGCACUAAGACUGUGGGCAACGCUGUGCUGUACGAGACGGUUCUCACCGUGCUAGACAUCAAGUCAGAGAGCGGCCUCAGGGUUCUGGCUGUGAACAUCCUGGGAAGAUUUCUCCUGAACAACGACAGGAACAUUAGGUACAUUGCCAUGACAUCUCUUCAAAAGAUUGUUGGGACAGACCACAAUGCAGUGCAGCGCCACCGGGGAACAAUCGUGGACUGCCUGAAGGACCAGGACGCUUCUGUCAAGCGCCGUGCGUUGGAGCUCUCCUUGGCGCUGGUGUCGGCCUCCAACAUCCGCUCCAUGAUGAAGGAGCUGCUCCUCUUCCUCUCCUCCUGCCCCGCUGAGCUCAAGGCUCACUCUACCAGCGGCAUAUUCAACGCUGCAGAGAGGUAUGCACCCUCCCAGCGCUGGCACAUUGACACCAUCCUGCAUGUCCUCACCACGGCAGGGGGCGACGUGAGAGAUGAGACGGUGCCCAACCUGAUCCAGCUCAUCACCAACGCCUCCGAGCUGCACUGCUAUACUGUCCACAAGCUCUACCGGGCUCUGCUCACUGACAUCUCUACGCAAUCCCUGGUGCAGGUGGCGUGCUGGUGUAUAGGAGAGUAUGGAGACCUGCUGCUGAGAGGAGAGUGUCAGGAGACCGAGCCUGUUCAGGUCACAGAGGACGACGUCCUGGAUGCCUUGGAAACGGUUCUGCAGUCCCACAUGUCGUCCCCGGCAACCAGAGGCUUUGCUCUCACCGCCACCAUGAAACUGAGCACACGCAUCACGGAGAAUGUGGAUCGCAUCAGAAGCAUCGUCAGUAUCUAUGGCAGCUGUAUAGAUGUGGAGCUCCAGCAGAGGGCAGUUGAAUACAAUGCUCUGUUCAAAAAAUACGACCACAUGAGGGCGGCAGUGCUGGAGAGGAUGCCUGUGAUUGAAAAGAACUCCCCGGGUCAUACCAACGGAGAGUCAAUGGGGGACGCCAUUAAGGACAUCCAACCAGCCAAAAUGAAGCAGGGAGAGCCACUGUUGGCACUGCAACCUGCUAACCAGGUGUGUGACCUGCUGGACCUGCUGGGAGGCUCUGAGGAGACUCUGCAGCCCAGCCCAGCUACAGGCCCUGCAGUGCCCGGCCUGCUCAUCAACACAGCCAGCACUGCUGGAGGAGACCUGCUGGAUCUGCUGGGAGGGUUAGAGCCUGCACUCCUAGCACCAGCUCCCACAGUGCCGGUGUAUGAGAACGAGGGUGUGACGCUGACACUGAGUUGUGAGAAACAGUCAGACACAGGCCUGACAGUCACACUCACAGCCUCCAACUCCACUGACUCAGACAUCAGCAGCUUCACCCUGCAGGCUGCAGUGCCCAAGAGUGUCCAGUUACACAUGAAGGCUCCUAGCGGGGACUCUCUUCCUGCGCGAGGAACAGCUAAGGUGACCCAGAUGGUAGUCCUCAACAACCCAAACAAGGUGAACCUGAAAAUGAGGGUCCGCAUAUCUUACAGCAGCCAAGGAUCAGCCUUUCAGGACACAGUCCAGAUCGACUCCUUCCCUGGACUCAAUGCUGCCGGCCACUGACAGCGGCCAUUCUGCAAACAGGACUACGACAACAGUCUGUGGAUGAGUCAGCAGGCCCUCACUGACGGAAGUUUAUUUUAUUUUUUUUGCCGUCACACCCUCUACAUCGCCGUCCAAAGCUGCUGUUUCUGAAAUCCCUGAUUUUGUUGGUGUUUUUACAGCUGAAGAACACAGUUCUUUCACAGGAAACCGCAGCCUCAUUCAUGAACUCUCAUAGUUUCCCCCUCCUCUGGAAUCCAAGCGUUAAUGUGACCGAUGGCAUUAUUUAAUAUGGCACAAUCUUUGGAAUAUGCCCGUAUAAUAUGGAAAUAUUAAAAUAUGAGUAGUUUUUCUGCGAUGUUUUGCAACUGUUCCAUUCAGGGGUUGUUUUUUUUUAAGCUGAUUGAAGUUGUUUCACUCCAUAAAUAUGUACUUUCCUGUAGCUCCUGUCAGUCAGUAUGCAACACUAGAUCAAUUGUCCUCGCGUUUAUUCCCUUUGAAGUGAUUUCCUUUAUAAAGUAUUUGCCUUUACCAUCUUAACUUUGUUGUAACAUUUACUAAUGGCGCACUAUUUUAAAAUGCUCUUAUCCAGUACACUUGAUUUUACUGGGAAACACAGGUACGUAAAUUACCGAUUUGAAGUGUGUAAUAUUUUUAAUGCCUCAUUCAGCUCGUUGAAUCAGAGUAUCCUCCUCUUAAUUAAUUCUCCUGUGCCUUUCAUCCCCUCAAGAACUGAGGUUUUCUCAUGUACAAAAGUAAUGCAUUUAAUAUUUGAUUUUUAGGUGGCCGAGAAAUGGUUUUAAAUGUGAGUGGUGUAGUCCUUUUAACUCAAGCAUGCUUUUCCUGACCAGUAUCUCCUUGUCUAUUGUUUACAGAGGCUCCUGAGUUAUUUUAUUAUCUGAAGACUGUGUACAGUGAUAAGAGAAGAAUGGGCAUGAUACUGUCUACAAGAUGUAUAUUUCAGAUUUUAAGUAUGAGCACAAGAGUUUUAAGUCUUUGGAAAAUCUUAAAUGCAACCCUUUGUUGUAGAAGGACAAAACUGUGUGCUGUAAAACACACGAGUGUUGCGCCUCAGUAAUUUGAUGUAAUUUGAAAAAUAACACUCUGCAAACUGGAUGUCACCAAUGGUGCUCUAAAUGGAUUUCAGUGCAAACCCUACCAGACUGUUUCAGAUCACUACCUUAACUAAAAGCUCUAAAGAAAAGACCAGGAUGAGUAUUCUGUUAAUUGCUGGUAAACGGUCUUUAAAUCUUCUGUUUCACGUCAUUUUCUAAUAAAAAAUCAGUUUUCAGAAUCCUCA